AUGUUAACUAACACUACGCAUAAAAAAAACCUAGCUUUAAUGAAAAAUAAAAUAAAUAAAGUCACACAUAAAAUACAACAAAAAGACCCGCUUACACUUUUAAAAUAAUUGCACAUAAGGUCACAAACACAAUGGAUAAUUCACCAAUAACAUUUACAAGUUUGGCUCUAUGCGUGCUACUGAUGGCGAUGGUUGUAAUGUUCAUAUGCCACUGUUUGGGUCCCCGCACAAAUUCAUGGAUGCGUUCCAAUAAAGAAGAAAAAAUUGGUUUGUCAAAAAAUAAACUUUUUCAUGCAAAUGGUUAUAUGAUUCAUUCGGGGUCAGAUUUCUUACUUAGUACGAGUGGCAGUUUUAAGCGUUUUGACACAGUUGACAAAGAUGAUCAUAACUACAGCGGUCCACCAUUACAAACAACACCACUAUGGAAUUUGCCUCAAACUGAUUGCAACAUACCACCACAACCUUUGCGUCCUGCACCAGCACCAGGUAGUACCAAAACAGUUACCUUUUCGUUGCAUGAAGUCAAUGAAAUCACUUCACCAUUGGAAAAUAAUCUGAGACGUAGCAACACUUUGGUUUCAUGUAUGCGUAGUAGUGUUAAUAAAAAUUCUAGUUCGAAAAUUCUACAGCCAAUUGAUGCACCUCCUCCCCCAAGACUAUCCUCUUCCUCUUCUAUGCUAUGUGCUACCGCUAUUCCAAGGCCAAUAACUAAAAGACAAAUAUCAUUACAAAAUACUAUUUGUUUAAAUGAUGAAAAUAUGACUAAACCACACCACAAGGAAAAUUCAGUUUCAAGUAACGAAGAACAGCAACAACAAUCUAGAACAUUAAAACGUCAUAACUCAAGCACAAAUCCCUUUCUUUGUGAAUCUCUCGAGAGCUUACCCGAAAAAUAUGAACCAAGCACUGCCUUACAAAUGCACAAAAACUAUUACUCUAAUAACAACAAUAACAAAAGCAAUGGGAACUCUAAAGAUGCAAAUGUUAAUGCUGUGAAUUGCGUUAACACAAAAAAUGAUAAUCUGUCUACGAACGGCAGCAAUAAUCCUUUUCACGACAACUCGAACUGUGUCUUUAGCCAACUUGAUGUAAUAGCCCCAGUAGCAGCUGAUAUCAAUAACGCAAGCAAAAUACAAUCUACCACUGUUGAUAAUUUGCGACCAGAAAUGAAUUCGCAGCAACAAAAAAUGUUUAAUUUCAAAAAUUCGGUAAAUCCUUUAGUUACCGCUAAAAAAAUAUUUAAAAAUCCCCAACAGUUUCGUAACCGGUCUUUUUCCGAAUCGGAAGCUUCACCUGAAACGACGGAUGUAAAGACACUUUCAAGUAAAUUAGCGACUGCAGGACUACGGAAACCGAGCAACACUACAAAUCCAUUCACAGGACUUUCACAAAAAGUAAAAGGACCACACAUGUUGCAAAAGACCAUCUCCGAAGAUUUUCUUUUCCGAAAAUUGGGUGUAAAUCAUGUACUUAAUGGCGGCGCAACAUCUGGUGGAACAUGGAGCUUUGGACGUGGGUUAAUGAGACAGAACUCAGCAAGCAAUUUGGGUCAACGCAAUAAUUCACAAUGUUCACUUGACUCAAUUGCGCUCGGAUCUAUUGAUGGUAUCAAUUUGGAACAUGCAAUUUCUUGCGAUUCUGUAAAUUCGGAUUCAUCUUUGUUUCUUCCCGACUUGGACCAGCCAUACACCCAAAUUACGGGCUAUUUAUGUAUCGGAUUGCAGUAUGAUAAAAAUUCUCCUACCGAAGACGGUAUGGAUCUCACAGUACAAGUCCUGGAAGCAAAAGGACUUAUAUGUCCCCUUAAUGUUGAAUCUUUAGAUACAUUUGUACGCAUCUAUUUAGUUCCGGAUCAAGCAGGAGCUAUGCAAACAAAAGUAUUUAAAAACUCCGGAACUCCACAUUAUAAUGAAGCCUUCAAUUUUUGGCUAAAAAGGCAAUAUAGGCGCCAUUCUCUAUGGUUUCAUUUAUAUCACAAUGGAGACGCACAUACUCUUAUAGGUGAAGCAGAAAUGGAA